CGAGCCGUGUAUUCUCUUCUGCAUUUGUUUGCUGCUCUUCUCUUUUAUUUAUUUUUUUGGAAUAGUAAUGGCUUCCACAGUACGUAGGGUUUCCUUCAAUCUCAGGGUUGGUGACGGUAAGCGAUGCCGCAUUCGAGUCGAAGAGGAGGAAAUUCAUCAGACAAAAACUUCUUCAGAGGAGGAACCAACACCUGCCGUCAUUAGGAAUCUAUUUGAACUCAGCAUUGACAGUGGUGGUCAUAUCGCCAUUGAAGUUGCAGACAGAGAUAGCCAUCCAACAAAACCGAAAAAGCAAGACCAAAAUCAAGAAGCAAGGGCUCCAAUCCACCAAGAAAAACCAGAGUAUGCCAUUGUUAACAGCGCAGACUUGCCUUUUGCUUCUAGGGGCCCUAGGGUUUUCUUUGACAUCACGAUCAGUGGGUUCAAAGCAGGCCGGAUCGUAAUGGAGCUCUUCUCCGACGUGGUUCCAAUUACUGCAGAGAACUUCAGGGCCUUGUGCACCGGAGAAAAGGGUAAAGCCCCUAACGGGAUGCCCCUCCAUUACAAGGGUUCGUCAUUCCAUAGAGUUUUUCCAGGUGUGUGCUGUGCAGGGGGCGAUUGCAGUGGUGGAGAAUCAAUCUAUGGUGGAAAGUUUAAGGACGAAAAUUUCAAGGAGAAUCACAAAGGCUUUGGGGUCCUAUUCAUGGCUAACGGAAGGAUGCCUGAUAACAAUUGCUCCAAGUUCGGUAUAGGCCUGAACAAGAACACUGACUUAGAUGGACGGUAUGUUGUGUUUGGUGGGGUGGUGGAGGGGCUGGAUGUGGUCCGGGCAAUCGAGAAUGUCGGCUUGCCUUCCGGCGAGAUCCUCAAGCCCGUGCUCAUCGCAGACUGCGGCGAGGUUUGAAGACAUAACAACGAAGCCACAGAGCUCCUUCCUCUGCAGUUAGGAUUUGUGGCUUCUUUCCUCUCCUAGCUUUAUUGAUAAACGCCUUAGAACUGCUACGGUUGCUUGGAUUUUCUUUCUUCCUUGAUACAGAUUAUGAAUUGUUGUCUUGGUGUUGAUUAUGAACAAUUAUUGUGUUUUAGUGUAAAUUUGAAAAUACUGCACGUUUUUUACUUUUGGGAGGGUUAUGGAUUCCAGGUUUUCGUUGUUAUGGCCUCUGUUUUCUAUUGAAGAGAUGUGUGCAUUUGAGUUU